AUGGCGUGGAGGGCCAAUCGUCCGCCGCCCAGCUCGGCCAAACCGUUGCUCAAGGGCGUGCUGGCCGUCUUCAUUCUGAUUCUUUUUUUGACGAGCACCUACAUGUACCGCGACACGAUCAGCAGCAACGCUUCCCGGAUCAAGUUCACCGAUGGUGCCGCGACAGACUACUUCAAAUACCCAUUCAACGCCAGUAACGCCGACGCGAACCCGAUCGACUGGCUGAUCCACGACGCUCGAACGAAACAGGCGGCGGUGCUUCAGAAACGAAGUCGCACGCUUCAUAAUGCGGCGCAACGUUAUCGAGAGCGAAGGGGCAGACAUCCGCCGCCGGGAUUCCAGGAAUGGUUCCGCAGCGCCAUGGACACCGAUGCGAUUGUUGUCGAAGACUUCUUUGACCGGAUCUACGACGAUCUCAGGCCGUUUUGGGCCCUCGACCCCAAGACAAUCACGAAGCAAGCCAAUGCCGGUGACCAUAUUGUGAGGGUACGAAACGGUACGGCGACUGAACAGGGGAAUACGGAAGGAAAGGAGCCAUGGCUCGAGCUAUGGACGGCUCUGGUGGCCGAGUUUGCGCAACAUCUACCGGAUGUGGACAUGCCCAUCAACUACAUGCAAGAGCCCCGGAUCCUGGUGCCGCGCAAGGAUAUGGAGAAAUAUGUGGCAAAGGAGGAGAAGAAGAGGACCAUGCCCACGAAGAACAAGGCUACGAGUGUGUUCCAGAGCUUGGUGGGCGUGGAUGCGACGCAGGGCAAGUCUGCUUCUUCUGUGAAAUGGACCAGCGGCGAUCGUCGCAAAUAUUGGGAUCUCGUUCGAGAGGCCUGCCCUUCGGAUGCCCCAGCCAAGAAUGUACCUGCUGCGACAGACCUCUCCCUCCCGCCAACCUUGCCAUACUCGUGGACGGCGCCCUUUGCUCGCCAAGGCUACGUCCAGAACUUUACGAGCUCCAUGGAUCCGUGUGUGCAGCCGCACCUCCGCUCGCUCCACGGGACCUUUGUCGAGCCGCUCCACGUCAACACCACACGGGACCUGACCCCCCUCUUCGGAGGCUCCAAACUCCGCGUCAACUCGGACAUCCUCAUCCCGGGCGCCAUGUACCUCUCCGAUGACCGAUCCUACACCGGCGGCAACGUCCGCGGGCCCGCGUGGCCGGAGAAGCGAGAUUGCCUCGUCUGGCGCGGCGUCGGCUCGGGCGGUCUCGCAAAAUCGGAUAACUGGAUGCACUUCCACCGCCAGCGCCUGGUGGAGAUGCUCAACGGGACGACCGUACGCGGCAUGGAAGCCAACGACGUCCGGGCCAUGACCUUUGACAUGCCUCCCCUCGAUCGCUACGACACAAAGCGCCGCCGCGACAAGCGGCUCGGCGCGUUCCUGUCCCGUUUCGCGGACGCCGGGUUCACGCAGCUCCUGUGCGGGCCCGGUGCUCACGACCGGCGCAGGGGGGAGGAGGAGGAGUGCGACUGGCUCGCGCCGCACCUGUCCGUCGUCAACGGCACGCCCAUGGCCGAGCAGUUUGCGAGCAAGUUUUUGCCUGACGCGGAUGGGUAUAGCUUCAGUGGACGGUUCAGGGCAUUUAUGCUGUCGACAAGCGUGCCGCUCAAGGCGACGGUGUACGCCGAGUGGCACGACGACCGGCUCACGCCGUGGAUGCACUUUGUGCCGCUGGACAAUACCUUUCAGGACCUCUACGGCGUCUUAGACUUCUUUACGGAUGGUAACGAUGAUGAGCCUCGGGGAUGGGGCGUCCACAAAGUGCUGGGGAAGAAGAGCAAAGGUGACGACGCGGCGCGGUGGAUCGCCGAGCAGGGAAAGGAGUGGGCGGACAAGGUGCUCAGGCGUGAGGACAUGCGGUUGUACGUCUGGAGGCUUUUGCUAGAGUUUGCGAGAGUCUGUGACGAACAUAGGGAUACGCUAGGUUACGUGGUUGACCUGCCGUAA